UUGUUUCUCCCCGUGGUGGACAUCACCGUCGAAGUCCAACGCCAUCCCCAACACCAUCUCCAUCAAUAUCCCCUCCACCACCUGGAAAUGAACUGUUCUUUUCACCUACACAAUACGAAAAAUUUGCUAUACAUUUUACCAAUCGAGACAUAUUGGAAAGCAAAUACCUCAAUGAGGUUUAUUAUGAGGUAAGGAAUUUUGAUUUUUACGACCUUUUACGAGACGCUGGACUCACCGAAUUUGUUUCUUUGAGAAAACCAUUCUACCCACAAUUAGUUAGAGUUUUCUACACCAACAUGCAAAUUUCUGAUAAGAGAGUUAUUCAAAGCGAAGUCAAAGGGGUUAAAAUUAGAGUCAGUCCUAAUCUUUUUCAACAACUCACUUCCCUCCCAUGUACCGAAGUUCGUUAUGAACGAGGUCUUAUUGAUGACUGGAAAGAAGAAUACAAUUCCAUCACUGCAAGACAACUUGUUUAUAAGGAAGAUGCAGACUUAACUAGUAGAAUACUUGCUGGGGGUUUGAAGGUGCAGCCAAUAUUACUCCAUUAUGUACUAUCUAGAAUAGUAAUUCCUCGUUACACAAAUAUCGAUCAGGCAUCCCACGAGGAUAUUAUGUUCUUAUGGGCCCUUUUCAAUUCGAAGCAAAUUAACUGGGGACAUGUCAUCCACAAUAGGAUGAAAAGGGCUUUAUCGUACAAUGCAAGGCUGACUUAUCCUCAUUUGACGGAGUGUGGGUUCCCAAAGACGACACACCCAACCAAUAGAGUCAAGGCGAAGAAGUGUAGCAUAAUGAUCAACCAAGUUCUUCUACAACACUAGAUGAUGUCAUACAACGCAUUGACCAACUCCAGACCUAUGUUGGUACAAAAUUGGACGACCUAGAAUCACGAAUUGGUAACAUUGAGAACCGACUGCAGCAGUCUCCCACUCCAUUUCAUCAUUUCACCUCAUAGUUAUAAAUUGGUGUUGACAUGUAUUUGCUUUCAUUUGGAACUUGUAUGCAUUACUAAAAUAUUGUAGUCUUUUUAUUACUUGCGUAUCGAAAUUUCAUAGUUUCAUGUUAAA